AUGGCUGACAUCGGCGAAGAAGAAAACUUGGUACCGGAGAACACGGCACCUACUGACGAAGAAAACUAUGCAGCUCCACCUCCACCACAGCUUGAUCUAGAACCACAAAUUGUGACCAGCAUACCACAAGUUCCUGUUGCAGCUCCGAAGCCUAAACCACGGAAAGCACCUGAAUUGCCAAUCUUUGAGAGGAGAAACUGGCUAAUACACCUUCACUACGUAAGGAAGGAAUAUGACAGCUGUAAAUCUCUUAUCAGAGAGCAAUUGGCGGAGAGUGGGGGCAUGUGUGAAUAUGCUGUGUAUGUACAAGCCCUAAUUCUGCGACAAGAAGGUAAAAUUCAGGAGUCUCUGGAGAUGUUUCAGACGUGUACUUUAUUGAAUCCAACGAGUGCCGAUAACUUAAAGCAAGCUGCAAGAUCUUUGUUUCUUCUGGCCCGACACAAGGCAGCCAUUGAGGUAUAUAAUGAGACAGCUAAGAUAUCACAGAAAGACUGGGAAAUAUCUCACAACCAGGGAGUAUGCUACAUGUACCUCAGAGAUUAUGCCAAGGCAAAAGAAUGCUUGACACAAGCACUAGCUUUUAAACGACAUGAGAUAUCCUAUGUCAUGCUUGGGAAGAUUCACUUGAUGGAAGGAGAUAUUAAUGCAGCCAUUGAGAUCUACAAACAAGCUGUAGAAUAUUCCCCAGAAAACCCAGAUAUGCUCACCACUCUCGGCCUGUUAUAUAUGCAGAUUGGUCAGUACCAGAAGGCCUUUGAGAACCUUGGUAAUGCCAUGACGUAUGAUGCUACCCAUGUCAAAGCUAUCAUGGCCGCAGGAAGUAUGAUGCAGACUCACGGAGACUUUGAUGUGGCUCUCAAUAAGUACCGUAUAGCAGCUGUAAAAACACCAGAAAGUCCAACACUCUGGAACAACAUUGGAAUGAGUUUCUUUGGGAAAAAGAAAUUUGUGGCAGCUAUCAGCUGCCUUAAGAGAGCUAAUUAUCUGGCACCAUUCGACUGGAAGAUCCUCUUCAACCUGGGACUUGUUCACUUGACCAUGCAGCAGUAUGCCUCAGCAUUCCAUUUUCUUAGUGCUGCUAUUAACCUCAAACCAAAGAUGGCACAGCUCUUCAUGCUCCUGGCAGUGGCCCUAACACACUUGGAGGACCCAGACAAUGCCAGACAGGCAUACGAACAGGCCCUCACACUCGAUCAGAAAGAUCCAGGAAUUUCUUUGAACUUUGCUCUGUACAUGUACAACAAUGGACAGAAGAAGGAAGCUGCAAAGCAAUUUAAAGACUUUGAGAUGAAGAUGAAAAUUUUAAAGGCAACCAACCCUAAUGGAGGUGAUCCUGAGAUCCAGGAUGUUGCUAGCAAGUUGGCUGCUGCCUUACAGGUAGGGGAUAGUAUGCUUUGGAAACAGUCAAGUCAACCAUCUGCACCACAGUCCGAUCAGAAUGCAAAUACCAUGCCGUCCAAACCAUCUGACAAUGUUGAUGAGACACAAGUGAAGAAGCCAAUUGGGUCAAUUCCAGACUCUGGUCCCCUACCUCCACCUCCAAAUGACCCGGUUGGAGACAUCACCGGAGGAAGGGGAGCUCCAACACCAAUAAUACCGCCCUACAAUCCCUAUGAGGAGGACCGUGGUGCCAGCCGGCUAGAGAGCGAACCUACAUUUCAUCCUCCUCCAAAGACCGAUUCACUUCCACCUAUUACUGGUGGGGCAGGUUUAAAGGCAGGAGCAUUACCUCCCCUUGGUAUUCCAAUUGCAUCUGGACGAACGGAGCCCCCUGACCUGGAUAAACUUCCUACCCCACCAAAAGAUGGAUUACCGUCAUACACAGAAGCUAUGAAUGAGUCAAAGAAACCAGAGAUGGAGCCAGCAACGUAGCUUUGAGGUUGUGAUCUACAAUAGAAAUUAGUAAACAUUACAGUCAGUGAAAUAAUAUUAUUUAUGUGACUUCAUUCUUAUUCUCUGCCGUCCUUUUACUGGUGAUACAGGUAUUGAUUUUGUCACUAAAUUAUUAUACGCUGCUUUCUCCUCGUAAGUGUCAGCAGUUUAUAUUUUCCUCAAUGUUUUCAUAAUGUAAAAAAUACUAAUUAAUGAUUCCAUCAUUGCACAAUUUGUACUUUCAGGUGAAGUAUGAUAGUAGUUUCAGGUAAAGUACAGUUUUCAAUCAGCAGUUAAAUGCUGUGGUAGAUAUGAAUUGCAUAUUACUUUGUUAUAUAUUAUGGCCUAAUUCCUGUUCUAAACUGUCAUAGCAUUGGAUUUAUAAUUUUAGAAGGUACAAUUUGAGGUUUUAUUUCUGAUUUUACAACUCUCUAUGAAAAAUGCUUUCAUAAAAUUCACUAGUAAAUAUAGUGUUUAUGUUGCAAACCAAUCUUUUCAUCUUUAGUAUGUAUGUUUAUUAUAGUAUGCUAAAUUCACACCUAUAAGACUAUAUCUGUACAAGAUACAGGUUUGAUAAGGAGGCACAUCAUGAGCAUAAUACUUCUUUUAUUGUAUAAUGCAACCUAUUUCAUUCAUUUUGAAACAAAAGAUGAUUGUUAAUGCCUGGAGUGAUGGUAAUUGAACCAAACACAUUUAGCUUACUGGACAGAUGCUCUACUGAGGAAGCUGAAGAGAAGUCUUUGCUAGUCAAGUCAAUAGGAAUUGAACAGCGUUAAUUUAACAUUUGGCAUUAAAUUUAUAUUGCUAUUAGCUUUACAAGAAUUGUUUGAUUCAGUUUAAUUGUUAUGUGGAAGUGUAAAUUGUCAUGAGUUUUAUUUUUGUCAUACAGAAAAAUAUUCACACAACUUGUUAUAUUGUUUUGUUAGAGAUGUAAAGAGAAAUUCAUGAAACAACACUUUAUAUGUGAUAAUUGCCCAUUUUUGACACGGACUAUCAUGGAAAGUUAUUUAUCCGAGUAAUGGCUAAUCUGUGAGGUCAGUUGUGAGGACUAAAUAAACAAGUACUUUGUUGUGAUAUCGAUGAGCGACACAGGUUUUCUUACACUGUUUCGAAAGAAAAUAGCCAUUUGAACAUUCUAACAAAUUACCAACAGUAUAAUGUGAAUGGUUUAUGUGGCUCCAGAGGAGAAAGAAUAGUUGGUUUGUAAAAGAGAUUUUGAAGCAAAUGAAAAUGAUGAAUUGGAGCGAGAGAUACAAAAUAGAAUUUACUUAAUUGAUGACUGAUAUGGUGGUACAUGUAAGGUGUUAAACAUGCAUGUAUCUGAUUUGUGACAGAAAAAUAAAUUAUAUGU